GGUCGAGCGGUUGACUUCGAGGUCUGGCUAGAUGAUCUGCAGCUUUUCCUACAGUGCGAAGGCAAGGAUGGUCUCUCACUUUUCGAUCUCACGUCUGGCGCCUCUACUGCCCCUGCUGCUGAUGCUGACAGUACUGUUCGCUCGCAGUGGACCACACGCGAUGCUGCUGCCCGCCUUGCUGUGCGUAGUCACCUACCGUCUACUGAGCGCACACACUUUAGUCAGUACAAGAGUGCUAAGACUCUGUACGACGCUGUAGUUGCACGCUACUCUUCCCCUGCCACUGCUGCUCUUAGCUGCCUCAUGCUACCGUACCUGUUCCCUGACCUCGCCGCUUUUGCCACAGUCGCUGACCUCAUUACGCACCUCCGCACUAGUGACACCCGCUACCGCGCUGCGCUUCCUGCUGAGUUCUGCGCCAAGAACCCCCCCCCCAUGUACACCACCCUCUACUACCUAGUCACCCGGCUCCCUGACACCCUUCGCUCGGUCAGGGACCACUUCCUCUCUCUCUGCCCUACCACACUCACCAUUGACCUCCUCGAGGAGUGUCUCCUUGCAGCAGAGACUAGUAUUACCGCUGUAGGAGCCUCUCGUAGUGACCCCCGUACCCCUUUCUUUGAGGGGUGCUCCCCCGUUCCUCUUUUGCCCUCCGUUGCCUCUGCUGCUGCUGUCGACCUUGUUGGCACCGAGUCGGUCAGCGCUGCGUCUGCUCCUAGCGAGAGGCGCCGCAACGGCAAGGGCAAGCGGGGCAAGGGCGCUGGAGGAGGUGGCGGGGGAGGAGGUAGUGGCGGUGGAGGCGGAGGAGGGGGCGGGGGUGGGGGUGGUGGCAGAGGUGGGGGCUUCGGUGGCAGCGGUGGAGGUGGAGGCGGCGGUGGCGGUGGCGGUUGGGGUGGAGGCGGCGGAGGCGGCAGCGGUGGAGGUGGAGCUGGUCGAGGCGGUACUGUGCAGCAGGGACCCCAGCAGCAGCAGCGCUCUCGUGAGACCCCGUCGCCCCAGCAGCUUUGUGAGUGGUACGCAGGGCGCCAGGGGUCUGGGGGUGCUGGUCCCUGUGCCUACGUCCUGCGCACCGGCGACCGCACUGGAGAGCAGUGUGGCGGCCUGCACGCCACCCAGCGCUGCUUCGGCCGCCUGACAGAGGCCUGGCGUACCCAGUUCCCUGACGCCACUGAGAUCCCUCGCUGGGGUGAUCUGCUCAGGUCGGGUGUAGCUAUCUUUGAUCUUGACUUUGAUGCUAUUCUUGCUGCCAUGUAUGCUGUGUCUAUUAGUGCUGAGGGUGACUGUUACGUGUGUGUUCCGCCUGACCCGGGCAUUGAGGCUGCUGCUCUAGGUGCUAGUGAGUCUGCUGCUCCAGGUGCUGGUGAGUCUGCUCUCUCAGGUACUGCGUCGGCUCAGGUUUUGCACACCUUCACCCUCGACUCGGGUGCUUCCCGCUCCUUCUUUCGAGACCGCACCACCCUUACGCCGCUCAGUCGGCCAGUUGCGGUCUCCCUGGCAGACCCCUCUGGGGGUCCUGUCCUUGCUCGUUACUCCACUGUCCUCCCGUGUCCGGCGGCCCCGUCAGGCUCCCUGUCCGGUCUCUACCUCCCCUCGUUCUCUACGAACUUGGUGAGUGGUGCUGACCUUCAGGAUGGCGGGGUUGACCAGUUCACUCCUGCGAGGCCUGCCCCUACCUGCGUUCCCUGCGUCGAGGGGUGGCAGCGCGCCGCUCCUCACUCCUCCGAGUUUCCCCCGACAGAGGCUCCGCUGCAGACUCUCCACAUGGACGUGUGGGGCCCAGCCCGCGUCCGUGGACAGUGUCACGAGCGUUACUUCCUGCUGGUGGUUGACGACUACUCGCGUUACACCACAGUCUUCCCCUUGCGCCGCAAGGAUGAGGUCACUAAGACGUUCACGCUUUCGGCCUCUCCACAGCAAAAUGGGAUUGCUGAGCGCCGCAUUGGCAUGGUCAUGGAUGUCGCUCGUACGUCCAUGAUCCAUGCGGCUGCUCCCCAUUUUCUGUGGCCGUUCGCGGUUCAGUACGCGGCGCAUCAGAUCAACCUUCAGCCCCGGGUCUCCAUGCCGGAGACCUCCCCUACUCUGCGGUGGACGGGGAAGGUUGGUGAUGCGUCUGCGUUCCGUGUCUGGGGAUCUCGAGCUUUCGUCCGAGACUUGUCUGCGGACAAGCUGUCCUCCCGUGCUAUUCCUUGUGUCUUCCUCGGCUUUCCCCCUGACGCGCCUGGUUGGCAGUUUUACCACCCCACCUCGCGUCGUGUUCUGUCCUCCCAGGACGUCACGUUUGACGAGUCGGCUGCGUACUACCGUCUUUUCCCCUACCGCGCUGCCCCCCUCCCCCCCUCGCCGCUCUUCCUCACGCCCGGUCCCCCCCCGGUAGACCCCCUCCCCCCUCAGGGUCCUGCCCCCUCAGGUGUUUCCCAGGUAGAUGCAGUCGAGCUUGUCGAGGUAGCUGUUGAUUCUGGUGCUUGUGGGGGUGCUGAGCCUGAGCGUGUGGUGCCUGGGGGUGCUGGGUCUGGGGGUGCUGAGCCUUAG